CCCAUGGAAGCUUAACAAGGUUGAAGACGGGGAGUGGAGAGUGUGUGUUUUGUCUUUCUCGAACUACUGAGCGACAAAGUAUGGAAUGUAUUACAAUUCUCGGCGGGUCACGGAGAUGGUGCCCUCGUUGAUCCCGAACGAUACAUGACGGGAUCGUGGCCAAUUACCGUUCAAAUCGUGUUUUUUAGUGAGUCGGAGUGCGUUUGACUUAAGGGCCUAUGCACAACAUCAUCAUGGCGCUUGUCACCUCGCUCUCGUCGCCGCUGCUCGUUCUAACUCUGGCCCUGGCCUUCCUUUCAGUCACACGUUGCUCCGACGCGACCUCCGGAAGUAUCAUAGGCAAUCGGGAGACCUGCGACAUCGAGGGCGAGGAUUUCACAGUGAACAAAAUUCCAAAUACUAGAUGCUUCAACUGCAUUUGCAAGAACGGCUUCGUAGAGUGUCUGAAGCGUCAAUGUCCCAGUAUAGAAGGUUGUUAUACACUACUAAAUCCACGGAACGACGAAUGCUGUCAAAUGUGCAAGGGUUGUAUUAGGAAUGGUGUGUACCGUGCUUCUGGAACGGAAUGGACCGAAUCUAAUGAACCAUGUCAGAUUCUAUUGUGUAAUGCUGGCGUUAUCACAAAAUCCGAAAUUAGGUGUUAUACACCCUGUUCCAAUCCGAUUCCAGCAGCCCCGGGUCAGUGUUGUCCAACUUGUGGAGAUUGCCAUGUCAAUGGUCAGGAGGCUACUGAUGAGAGGACAGUGACGUCAACGGAAGAUCCGUGUGUUACCUGUAGAUGUAACAUGGGUCGGCUCACUUGCACAAAACAGGCAUGUCCCGUUCUUCACUGCCCUGCUUCAAAAAUUAUUCACGAUGUAGAAGAAUGUUGCCCUCGCUGUACAGGUAGCGGGCAAUAUCUAUCACCGCCUAAAGGUGCCUGCAUGUUGGGCACGAUUUUGUACGACUCGGGCUCUCUGUUCCAUUUAGAUGCGUGCACCCGCUGCACCUGCGCGAAUUCGUCUGUAACCUGCACAAAGGAAACUUGUCCAGUGCUGGAAUGUGUCAGCGAAUACCAAACCAUACUUCCUGGCCAUUGUUGUCCUCAAUGUCCGCUCAUCGAGGAAAGCCGUACAUCUUGCAGUUACGGUGGUAAAACUUACGGGGAUGGCGAGUCUUGGAAGCUUGAUCCCUGCAAGGCAUGCGCAUGCAUGCAGGGCAAAGUGCGAUGUGCUAUGACAAUUUGUCCACUCCUGAAUAGCCCUUGUCCACCGAACUCACGAUUAGAACAUCCUGAGGAUCAAUGCUGUCCACGUUGUGUCGAAAGUGAUGGUGUGUGCACCGUGUUUGGUGAUCCACAUUACCGAACCUUUGAUGGAAAGUUCUUCAGCUUUAAGGGCGCUUGCAAGUAUCAGUUGACGAGUGAUUGUGUAGGUCAAAGUUUCAGCAUACGAGUGACCAACGACGCAAGGUCCACAAGAUCUUCAGCUUGGACUAAAACAAUAGCUUUAAAGAUAGGAGACAUGAAGAUUAAUCUGGGCCAGAGAAUGAGGGUAAAGGUGAACGGCAAAAGAAUAGACGUUCCCUAUCGUGUGCCAAAGCUGUUGUAUAUUAACAAAACGGAGGACAGUAUUCUGGUCAGCACGCAUAUUGGAAUAAAAAUUCUCUGGGACGGUAUUAGCUUCGUGGAGGUCUCAGCACCGACCUUCUAUCGGGGUCGCCUCUGUGGUCUUUGUGGUAACUUCAAUUCGCUCCCCAAGGAUGAUUUCACUACACCUCGCGGUAGAAUACUUCAGGAUUCCCAUCCUUUUGGCCAUUCAUGGGCUGUUGGUGGAAAAAAAAUGUGCUCAAGAAAACCACCUUACAAUUCUGAUAAGGAACAUCGCUGUAGGGGUAGGAGAGAUCGAAGAUUAUGUAACCGUUUGAUGUCUCAAGUCUUUGAGUCUUGCCACAAAAAGGUGAAUCCGUCCAUGUACUACAAGGCCUGUUUACAGGAUAUGUGUGAAUGUCCUACGGAAAACUGUUAUUGUGAAUCGUUUAUGGCUUAUGUGCAUGAAUGUCAGCGACUUGGAAUUCAACUUUCUCACUGGCGAAAAUCAACAAGGUGUCGCACAGUUUGGGAUACAGUACUCAAACGCACUACACAUGAUAUAGUGAAUCACGUCAUAGUGUCCCGGCCACAGUAGUGUCCCAAAAAGGCAGUAAUUGCAUCCCAGUAUCUGAUAUUUGUCACAUUCAACGUAGAUAAUAAGUAAAAUUUUAAGUAAGAUACUAAUGCCUAAUAAGUGAUAUUCUUGACAGAAAUGACCCGUGGUCGUGAAAGUUUUAAAGCGUGUUAUUGUGGCAACAGCUCAGUCAAAUUAUUUUUUUAAUGUAGCUUGUCUGAAACGUCAUUUCCAUGAUGCGUUACCGUACUUAGAAUCUCGUUCAAUGCAGGCGAAAAAAGAGUGAAUACAAAAUUAACGCAUUCAGUCAUAAGUAGGAAGAAAUGCCUUAGUAUGUAAUCUAUUUACCUUACCUGAAAGAAGGUGUCGCCGCGGUUUAAGAAUAUAAACUUUGUCACUGUAUUCGGAAAACCGUUGAAAGUACCUGGAAACAUAAAACAUAAUAGUUGUGGUAGGAAUUAGGUAUUAAAAUAGUUUUUUGCCGUACGUUGAACGUAGCCGACAUGAAAACAUCUAUACUUUGCAAUAUACCUAACUUUUUUCUGCGAUGCGUACAAAGACUCCUUGGAGAAGGAAAAACUCGUUGUAGGUUAUGUUUCUGCAUGAAGUUUCUCACAUAGAACAAUAACAGAAAAGUUAGAGUCACAUAUUCGAGUCACGUGUCGAAAUUACGAUUUUCAUCAUUAUAGUGUCAAAUAGAAAGUGAAAAAUGUAUAUUUUAUAACGAAAAUCGCAGAUUCGACUUCCCUUUUUAUUUGUUGAAUUUGGAUGACUAGCAUGCAUUUUGCAAGUAGAAAAAUAGAAAAUUAUAUUCAUCAUGUAUCGAACAAUGUGCAUUCCAGAGGGAAAUUGGUUCCUUUGUUGAUGCUGGUAGAGAUUAGCGAAUUAUUGUAUAAGAUAAUACGUGCAAUAACCUCGAAUUGCACCUACCUGAAAUACAUUUCGCAUGGGCAUGAAGCAAAUUGUUAAACCAAGCGUAUUCUGGGAAGCGCUGAUUGAGAUUAUUUUAGGAUCGAUUAUGAAUUCUGUAAAUGUCAUCGUCUUGUAUCUUUUAUCUUUGUUAAUAAAAUGAUAUUUCUGUUUAUGUA